AUGACGACGGAAGCUAAUGCAAGUCACGGGGCGUUAUGGGCAGCGGCGUUUGGACUACAAGGUGACAUUCAAUUGGCGCAACGAGAACGAUACGAGCGUUUGAAACAGCAUAUGGUCUUUCAGAUCGAUGCAACUGGUACCACAGAUCCACUGACUGUUACGAAAGACGUUGUCAACUCUUCCAGCAAUUGGAGCCAAUACUUUACAGAUGAGACGCUAUUGGAAGAGAUUAAGACAGAUCUGGACCGAUUGUAUCCAUUUGGCAAUGAGAAUUUUUUUCAGAAUGAAAGGUGCAUGACUAUGCUGCGUCACGUGCUAUUUGUAUGGUGUCGACUGCAUCCAGAUGUGGCAUAUCGUCAAGGCAUGCAUGAUGUAGUAGCUGUGGUGCUCUUUGCUCUAAUGCAGACUCAAGAGACGGAGAGUGUGGACGUGAAGAAGCUGCCGGAAAGUACUGAAGCUGAUACUUUUUUACUAUUUGAAGCCGUGAUGCUGUUCCUGAAACCAUUCUACGAGAUUGUCGAGAUGAGACAAAAAGGUGAAGAUGAAGAGGAGGAACGCAAACUUUUUGCCAGUUUUUCAUUUCAAAAGGAUGACAGCAGAAAUGGGGUGCAGUCCUUCGAGACGACGACUGAGAAGCAAAAACAGCCGGCACUUCACCGAUUGUGCCAUCAUAUCCAGCACGAACUACUGCAGCAGAAAGACCCGCAGCUAUACUAUCAUUUGAAAAACUUGGAGAUUAUACCGGAAACGUAUUGUUUGCGAUGGAUACGCUUGCUUUUUGCUCGUGAAUAUACAUUGAAAGACCUGUUGUGUGUCUGGGAUGCUUUGAUACUGGAUAGCAGACGAGCGGUGAUUGAUUUUCCAGUAAUCAACAUGACCGAAAAGUCCGACAACGACUUGCUACAGCUGCCCAAACUGGUUGCGGGAAGUGAGGAAACGACAUGGACUGGAUUUCCGUUACUGCGUUAUGUUUGCGCAGCAAGGUUGUUGCAAAUGUCGACUCAGCUACGCCAGUCGGAUAACACUGACUGUUUACGAAUCCUUAUGCGUACGUGCCAAGAGAAAGAUUUAAAUAGUACGGACUUGGAGCGACAAAGCCGCGCAGUGGAACUGACGAAGUUUGCCAGGAUAUUGCAAGACCCAAUGACGGAGGAGACUGUCGAAAGUGAAAACGGCAUCAAACCGAAUGAUGAAGAGGAAGUAGUAGCUCCCGAUGGAGGCUCCAAGCUAGUGGAAGUCGUCCUGUUUCGAGAAGGCUCACUUGGCAUUGUUCUAGCAAUGGCAGAAGCUCCUUACGAGAACCGCCUGGCAGUAAAAGCUUUUACAAAAGAUCCGAAUAGAAGCGAUGGGGCGGGACAAGCAAAGGCUAGUGGAAAAGUGCAUCUUGGUGACCUCCUUCAGUCGAUCAACGGCGUACCAAUAGUGGACGUAACGACGGAGGAAGUAAAGCGGCGUCUUCAACUCAUCAAUCGCCCGGUUUACAUUGCGUUCUCCCGCUACAAAGGUGCCUAUGACAACUGCGAAGUUACUACAUCCGAACAUUCCGCUGCUGUUAAAGAUUCAGAUGCCCUAGACUCUCCGCCAAGUUUGGAGACUACAAUGACUGAGCUGGUGCAACCAGCAUUGUUGCCAGGUGAAUUAUGCUAUGCUAACGUCGAGACUAGUAUGCAGCGACUCGUGCUGUCUCAUGACGGAUCGUGCCUAUCUCACUACAUUAGCGGGAAAUUGUUUAUCACAAACUUCCGCUGCUUUUUCACGCGUCUACUUGGUCGUGGAGAAGUUGAAUGGCAGAUUCCCGUGCUCUCCAUCCUCUCGAUAGACCGCAUCGACCCUCGAGCGAUUUCAUCGGCGGUAGGCUCCACGACUCUAUCAGUGGAAAAUGCACAAGUUGCCCUUGGUUUUACACCGGAUGACUCGUACAAGGUUGUGAUUAGGUGCAAGGAUACUCAAGUGGCACGACUAUCGAUUGCAGACCACGACGAGUACGAGAAGCUUGUUCAAUGUCUAAGCUUUCUGGCUUUUCCGAAAAGCUUACUUGAUGCAUUUUGCUUCGCGUAUUCUCCGACUGUGGCACCAUCUGAAGAAGUCCGAUUUGACAUCCGCCAGGAGUAUAAACGUAUCGGGUUGCUCUCUUUUCCGGAUCAUCUGCGCUGCAUCGAUCAGUCUUCAAAGUAUACGCUCUGUGAGACGUACCCACGGCAUCUUAUCGUGCCGGCGGACAUCUCCGACAUUCGCCUCAAGGCGGCAGCUGCAUUCCGAUCGCAUCAACGCUUGCCUGUCAUUAGCUGGAUCCAUCCCAGCACUGGCGCGACAAUUGUUCGAUCAAGCCAACCGCUUGUAGGCCUCAAGUCUGCGCGCAAUGGAGAAGAUGAGCUGCUUGUUUUUUUGCUGUGCUGCUCGAGCAACACGAAAGCGUUUGGACGUUACGUGAUCAUGGAUGCGCGUAGUCAACUGGCUGCCGUGGGUAAUAAAGCACUGGGGAAAGGCACGGAGAAUUCCAGCAACUACCACGGUGCAAAGCUCAUUUUUAUGAACGUUGAAAACAUUCACGCAGUCCGACAAUCACAGCUUGCAUUAGCUGCAACAUUCGAGCCUAAAAGGAGUGCAAACGAGGACACGUCCAGCUUUUACGGGCGGAUCGAAAGUUCAGGCUGGCUACGCCACGUCCGCCUCGUAUUGAAAGCGUCCGUGGAUCUGGCAUACACCGUGCACAACGGCAGAUCUGUGCUUACACACUGCAGCGAUGGGUGGGACCGCACGGCACAAAUGGUAGCAUUGGCCGAGUUGAUGCUCGAUCCAUACUACCGUACCCUUUGUGGUUUCCAGGUGCUUGUAGAGAAGGAAUGGUGCGCCUUCGGGCAUCAGUUUGCCUUGAGGUGUGGUCACGCUCGGAGUGACGUAUCGAACGAUCAGCGUUCACCAGUAUUUUUGCUCUGGAUAGACUGUGUCUGGCAAUACAUUCGCCAGUAUCCAACGGAGUGCGAGUUCAAUGAAAGCUUUCUGCUUGCACUUGCCGAUCACGUCUACUCAUGCAAGUUUGGUACAUUCAUGUUCGACUGUGAGCGUCAACGGAAGGAUCUGUUUACCAAGCAUCGGGUGCUCUCUAUCUGGAGUGAGAUCAACAGCCAGAGUGAUCGCUUUACGAAUCACAUGUACGCACCCAGCGAGCAAGCGACUGUGCUGGCGCCCAGCACGCUCUCCAAGAACAUCAAGCUCUGGAAGGGCUACUUUUGCCGCUGGGACCCGACUUUUGUCCCACCUGUUCCUGCUUUCCAAUGGUACUGA